ACGGAGCCGACCGGACUACUGAGAAAUGAGUUGAUUUGUUGGGAAAAAAAUAUUAUGUUACGCUGUUUACACAUUUGUGCCUUCUUUUUUUACCGUUGUUAUUAUUUAACCUGAUAAGUUUAAGAUACUGCCGAGGAUUCUACUGUUUGUUUAGAGUCGCAGCGGCGCUAGCUGUGGUUGGUGGCGGUUGUGUGCUCUGUCCUGUGGGGACUAACUUCAGCAGACAGCUAGCUGGCGUUAAAUGUCAACGCUUCGGGCUAACGUUGCUAUCUUGGCAAGAGGUUUUUGUUAAACUAGCUAAACAAGCUCCUGCUGAACUUGCAGACGUCUGCCUGUUAAUUUAGCUCCUGUAAAUGGCGUCGACCAAUGAUCCUUUUCAGUUUCAAGAAUUCGAAGAGGCUGAAAAGCUGUUGGAAAGCAACAAAGAUGCAACCACCAUCAGCAUUGAUGAAGAGGACUUAACCCGGAACCAAAGAAGACCUGCAGGGCUUGCCCCAGAGGAGGAAGAGGACCCACUGGCUUAUGACGACAAGGCAGAACUUCUCUCCGGAAAAAAGAAAAGUGCCCCUUUCUGGACAUUUGAGUACUACCAAACAUUCUUUGAUGUUGAGACCCAUCAGAUAAAGGAUAGAAUCGUUGGAUCAGUGCUGCCAUGGCGUGGGAAGAACUUUAUUCAUCUCUACAUUCGCAAAAACCCCGAUCUCUACGGACCAUUCUGGAUUUGUGCCACUCUUGUGUUUGCCAUUGCAAUCAGCGGAAACAUAUCCAACUUUCUGGUGCACUUGGGCGGACCGAAGUUUAGAUACGUGCCAGAGUUUAGAAAAGUGACUAUGGCUGCAACAGCAAUUUACAGCUAUGCGUGGUUGGUGCCUCUUGCCCUCUGGGGUCUUUUGCUGUGGCGAAACAACAAAGUCAUGAGCUUGGUCUCCUACUCUUUUAUGGAGAUUGUUUGUGUCUAUGGAUACUCCCUUUCCAUUUACAUACCUGCAGUGGUCCUUUGGAUCAUCCCAUAUGAGCAAGUGAGGUGGUGUUCCAUCGUGGUGGCGCUGUGUCUCUCUGGAUCAGUUCUGGUGUUAACCUUCUGGCCGGCUGUCAAGGAUGACCACCCCAGGGUUUCCAUAGCAAUCAUCGCAGCAAUCGUGGCUCUCAACGUCUUGUUGGCCGUGGGUUGUCAGGCCUAUUUCUUCAGCAAGCCAGAACCAGAUCUUCAGGUUGUGAGUUCAUCUGCACCAGGGGAGAUGAAGGCAAUACCUUCCACAUAGACUUACUGAACCCCUUCAGCUGUCAGAAGGAAAAAAAAAUCAUGGCCACUUACGCUUGCGAGAGCUUUAAACGCAAGGCCAACUUCCAACAGCCUGGCGUGGCACCUACUUUCAAUGUCGCAGCAGAAAAUCCAGUCCAGGACUUCCCCUACAUGAUUUCUCCUUCCCAAAGCAUUUUCAUUCUUUCUUUUUUUUAAACCGCAACUUCUCCUGUUGCCUUAUUAGAGAGAAUCAGGUUGCUGUAGUGAUGAAGUCACGGGUCGUCUGGAUUUCACCCGCGCCUGGCCGUUCUGCCGCGAGCCAUUAAGAGCCCGCGUGCACACUCUGCCAAACUGCGUGAGCUCUGAAAAUGAAUGCUGGCAGCAAGUUAUUUCUAAUGGGAUGGGUUUCUAAGCAUCAAUCUAGCAAGUUUAGCAGCAAAAUUCUACGGCUGUUUAUGGUCUGAGGAAGAGGUUGUUGUUGUUCUCUUGCAAGCUGUAAACACCUUGCAAGUGCUCUGAAAUUAAUGCCCUUCUCUGCAUUUCCAAAGAGCAUCGUACUUUGUUUAACCGUCUUCGAAAGGCUGUUUGAUUUUGUUAUAACACACCGUGCCUAAAUAAACUCAGUGGUAAUGUAUAUAAAACACUGUAUUGUGAUUUCCAAGGUUUUUUAUUAAACUUUUAAAUACUUUAGCCAUUAAUAAAAUGUACUUUUAC